AUGAUCCUCAACUGCAGACCUUUGUCAUAUGUAUCAAGUGAAGAACCCCUUACGCCCUCACAUCUUCUGUGUGGUCAUCGAAUCAUGAGCCUACCGGACUAUAGGUCGAGUGAAGCUGAAGACAGCGAUACAGAUGUUCAACCGCACAAUUUGGACAGAAGAAUGUGCCACCUAAGCAAUGUCAUGAACCACUUUUGGAAGAGAUGGAGGAACGAAUAUCUACUCGAAUUGCGAAAUUCACAUCUUAAUGUUAUUCAGCACUCCAGUAACCGAGUCGUAUCCAUUGGAGAUGUGGUUAUUGUUCAUGACGAAGACCAGCCGAGAGGAAAAUGGCGCAUUGGAAAGGUUGAAGCGCUCAUCACGGGAUCUGAUGGUCGCGUCAGGGGAGUCUUUGUUCAAGUUAAAACUAAGACAGGAAGACUCACUAAACUCAGACGUCCAGUACAACGCCUUUACCCCUUAGAAGUCCGUUGCAGAAAUGAAGAACCGGAAACAAUUAUAUCUCCCAGGAGAGCAGAGCCUGACCUAGCUGUCAGUAGUGUGAGACCUGAACAACACCCUGAACUUAGACGUGACCGUCCGAGAAGAGUGGCCGCGAUAGGAGCAGACCGAAGACGGAAGGCGUAA